CCCUUUUAUCAUAAUCCUCAAGUAGUAUGCUCAGCUGCUGCACUGUUUAGACCAAUCUGGCUUCUGGGUUAAGUCUUGACAGGAACCAAAAUGAGCAUAAGUUGUUUGUGUUUUUUAUUCACCUUUCUUUUGAGUUCAUGUUUGUGCUGCUUGUGCAACUCUACAAGUGACUCUUUAGAUGGGUUUGCUAGAGAUUUGGCCUUCAAGGCACUUUCUGAGCGCCGGGCUCACACUGGUGUUCUUUACAAGGCUAUCCUGCCUGCUAACUUUUCUGGCAUGGAAGUCUCCGUUGUAAGACUUCGAAGCAAAAGAUUGUGGAACAGAGGUGCUGCUAAUUUCAGCUGUUUUCAAAUCCCAUCAAGAACCAUGCCUAUGCCUCAUGUGAAAAGGCUGGCUUUGGUCCAUCAAAAUUUGGGCAAUUGGUCUUCUCACUACUACACUCUUCCAGGUUACUCCCUAGUCUCUUCUGUUGUUGGCUUUAUGGUUUAUAAUGCAUCAAAUACAAGUUAUAAAAGCACCACAAAGCUCAGUCUCAAAACCAUGGGGAAGCCUAUAUUGGUUCAAUUCCCCAAUCUCACAUUGGAUCAAGGCACGAUCUCCAAGGCAAAGUGUGCAUCAUUUGCUACCAAUGGGACAGUUUCCCUCACUGAAAUGAGACACCCUGGUGUAUGCUACGCCACAGAGCAAGGUCAUUUUUCGAUCGUCCUUCGAUUAAAGAGAAAAAGAAGCCUUAAGUUUCUGUGGGUUUUAGGGUUCGUGCUUGCAUCUCCCAUGAUGGUUUUGGUGGGUUAUGUUGGGAUGGCAUCUCUGAAGCGUCUAAAGGCGAAGAAGAUUCAGGUGAUGGAGAAACAAGCUGAGGAGGAUUUGGUUCUUGAAAAUAGAUGGGUUCUGGGUAGUAAAAUGCCUUCUGCUGCAGUAACGAGAACUCUGCCGGCCCUUGAGAAUGGCUCUCCAUGCCAUGGUUCAUCAGAUCACUUGUCUUUUUAUGGUUUGGCCAAAAGCAAUAACUACUGAGUGAAAUUGUAAAUUUGUGGAACAUGAGGUUUCUUAUUGUCGUGAAAGUAAGCAUUAAGAUUU